AUGAGAGUGGCUAACCAGGCUAUGCUGGACGCCGUCAGAGAGGCGAACAGGAAAGCCACAAAAGAUGUACUGGAGGCAAAUCGCCUAGGGAACAUGACCAUGAUGAGGGACAUGUUGGAGGAGAUGAGGACUGGUCCUGUUGGUGGCAAGUAUCCUCCUCCAGCACCUUCAACGCCACCAGCAUCAUCGCCUCCACCCAGUCAUCAGGAUGAGAGUCUUAGUCAUAUGAAGGGUGUCAUUUGCUUUCACUGUGGCAAGGAGGGCCACUAUGCUAGAGAUUGUCUGUCGUCUACUGCGAGAGCUGCUGCGGUUCAGGCGAUUCCAUUGCAGAUGAUUCCUAUUGCACCUAUAGCGGCACCUGUGGUGCCACCUGCCACUGGUCGUGUUUAUACUUUGGAUCGACAGCAGUUGGACCGAGCUCUGGACCUUGUGAGAGGUACCGUUUCUAUUGGUGGAUCUGCAGUUGAUGUGUCAUUUGAUUCCGGGGCUACGCAUUCUUUUAUAGCAAUCCUGAUUGCUGUAGGGCUUGAGUUGCCCAUUACUGUGCUUUCUCCACCGUUGUGGGUGACUAUCGCCACCGGAGAAAAGGUUGAUACCUCCAAUGUACAUCAAGAUGUCGUAUUUCAAUAG